AUGUGUCGCGCCGCCUCUGCCAAGUACGCAUCACCCGGCCACCGCGAGGCCUCUCGCUACAGCCUCGGCUGCUCGAGCCUCUGGCUGGCGGUUCCGUGCAUGCACGGUGUGUUUGGCGUCCACGCUGGCGCGCUCGGCCUCGGUGGCGCCCUGCUCCUCGCCGUCACGUGCGCCGCCUGCCUCGUAUCGACGCUCACCUGGCGCACGCUGGCGCACACUGGCGACCUCUCCGUCUUCAAGGCGGACAAGGCGGUGGCACGGCUUGAGUUUGUCGCUCUCUGCGUCUUUAGCGUAGCCGCUCCACCGCCCGCAGUGCGCCCUGCUGUCACUGCGUGCGUGCUGCCUAUCACUGUUGCCACUCUGUACCGAGCCGGCAUGGCGCUCGACUCGCGCGGGCACGAGACGGCGUCGCACUGGGCACAUGCGGCCUUCCGCUUUGUCGGCUUCUGGUGGGCGUUGUUAGCCCUCGCGCACCCAUCAUGGCCCUCUGCGCCGCGCGUUGCUCUCGGCUCGACUUGCUAUUGGGCGCACAUGCUGUACUCUGUCCGCUGGCCAACAGCGUACGGCGUGCGCUUCCGCGCGGCCGAUUGGUACGAUUAUGGUUGCUUAGACACCCUCGCUGCAGUGGCCGUGACUUUUAGUCUGGUUGAGUUUGUGUGA